AUGUCACGCGAUCAAUUUGUUAACACAAAACGUGGUACUAAAUAUACAAUAGAUUUUGAUGAUUCCCUAUUAACACAACUUAAGGACAAAGAAAACGAACUAAAAAGCGCGAUCCAGAAUAAUAGUCCCGAAGCAACGAAGCUUAUACAAGAAGUAGAUCGAUUAACAAAAGAAGUGAAAAACUCGUGCGAAAAAUUUAAUAUUGACGCUGAUAAAAAUCCCGAUUUACCCCGAAAUAAGUAUGAGUUUUACCAAUAUCGUUUAAAUAGCUCAAAUCAGUUAGGAGAUAGUGACGAAGAAGUCGUCAUUUCUGAGGUAGAGAACGAGCAGGAUAAUACGGUCCAAUUUAACUCAAAAAUUUACCUAAAACCAUCCGCACUGAAAAAACACGCAGAGUCUUCGUGCAUCGGUACAAGCACUCCCAUUUCUCGAGGACUAACACAAAAUAAUAUAACAUCUAUUUUCGGAUCCCUGGAAAUACGCGAUACCCCUAUAAACGGAAACGUGAUUGAUACUAUCAAACAACAAUUAUCCAUCGAAAUCAAGCCGGAAGUGUUAGAAGCCUUUUUCGCCGACGAAAAUAACGCGGCGGAAAUUAAUAAAACUAUAAAUAGCCCCGGAUUCGGAUUUUUUCAAGCAAUCAAGCUUGUGCGAGACCGCCUUAGUACCUACGCGACGGGAACAUUUGUACCGCCUUUUGAAAAAUUUAAAAUCGAGACAUCCCGGAGUCAUCAAGACUCAUCUAACGAAAGCGAACCCUUCUUGUCAUUUGACCAAAGCCUCAACACACUAAAAAUUCAAUCAACCCAUAAUAAACCGAAAAUAGAACAAAAAUCGAGAAUAAUGGCCGAGACAAUCCAGGUUCGUGGAAUGUCCAUAUCUAACGUAUUAGAUUUAAUUUCGCGAUUCAACGGACAAAAUGUGUCACUCUCACUUUUUCUCGACGGAUGUAGGGAAGCAAAAGAAUUGCUUCCUAGCACACUCGAAGGAGAGUUAGCCAAAUUUAUUCGGAUGCGCCUAUAUGGGGACGCAUUAAACAGUACCCGCGGACAAACGUUCACAUCGGUAAAUGAUGUCAUCGAGUUCUUCGAAAACAUUUACGGUUCGGCAAAAACUUUUCAUGAGUGGUCUGGCGACUUGGCUAAAAUGAAGCAGAAAGGAAACGAAUCGGAAUACUCCCACGUCCGCACAGAAACCAUAAAUUUGAGUCGCGCGAGCACGGUGCCGACUAUAAAAGUUGACAUUGGAGAGUUCAACAAACCAUUAGAAUUUAUGCUCGACACCGGAGCUUCAGUUAGUUUAGUGCGUAAAUCGGAGAUAUCGCCCUAUACUAACAUCAAAACUGAUGAGAUCAUAAGAUUAAAAGGCAUAACAACGCAAUCAAUUUCAACGCUUGGCAAGGUGACAGUUGAUUUUAAUAACGUGUCAACAGAUUUUCAUUUAGUUGACGAUGAUUUUCCCAUAGCGGAAGCUGGCAUAUUAGGCAAUGAUUUCUUUCGCAAAAAUGAAGCGACGAUUAAUUAUUUUGAAAAUUAUAUUGAAGUUAAUGGACAAAUAAUUCCUUUUGAAAAGUAUCCUACAGAAAUAGAACCUAUGAACACAAUUCCAGAAAAGGGAGUUACAAGUGAAUCUAAAAAUACACGAGUAGGAAGCGAUCUGAUUGAAGGAGGGGAAACAGACCGCGGUUAUGACGAUUCUUAUGUUGAUUAUAAACAAAAUAUGUUUGAUCAAGAAAAUGGGGAAGUAGUUGAGAGGAGUAAUGAAUUAAUUAAGGAAACUUGUGAAUUUAUUAAUGAAAAAGAUAAUGAGAAUUCUUAUAUACGAGACGAAGGUAUUUAUGUUAGUCAGAAUCCGGAGAACGUUUGUAAAUUAAAUAUUAUAUCUGACAGUAAUUGGGUUAUUCAUGGUUUCCCCAAUGAGGAUAAUGUAUCUUGUUAUGCCAACGCUUGUAUACAGAGUUUGUUUCACUGUAUAUCUGUUAGGAGGAUUCUAUUGGAAGGCAAAGGUUUUGACCUUUUAAAACAUUGUUUUAAUCAAUAUAUAGCAAAAACUCCUGUUAAUAUUAAAGCUUUAAGAGAAUAUGCAAACGAACAAUAUUCCGCUUGUGAUGAAAGGAAUUCUAUAACAACUUCAAAUUACAUUUUGUCACUUUUUCUACCUGACCCAACGGAUAUACAAACAUUGCAAGAAGUUUUUGAUCACAACAUUGAUAAUUGGAAAAACGUCGAAGGGGAGUGCAAUGACGCAAAUCAGUCAAUAAUCGACGAUCCCUCAUCGAACGCCAUCUGGGCACGAAAAUUACACGAAGUGUUAAAUUAUCUUUUAGAAAAAGCAGAUGAGACGUCAGAAAUCGUUAAUGAUCUAGAUGAAAAGAAUAAACAAAUCAAUGAACGUGUCGAAAAAAUCGAUUCCGAGUACUUAGCUUUAAACAUAAACAGUGAUACCAUUAAAACCAGAAUCGACGAGAUAGACGCCAAUACCAUAAAUAAAUUAGAUUAUGAUGAUUUAGACAAAUUUAAUGAAAACAUUGAAAGGUCCAUCGAUAGUAAAGUAGCUUUGAAAUUUUCCGAACUCCGCCUCGAGUCCCAACCAGAAGUCAACCUUUCAGAUAAUGUAGAAACAUUAAUAGACAUAAAAAUAAGAAAACACGAAGAGGACGCGGAAGUCAUAUUAAUGAAUUUAAAACAAGAUAUAACCUCAAAAUUAACUGCGUUGACAAACACAAGUCAGAAUUUAUUAAAAAUAACCAGGUCAAAUGAAAAACGAGUAAAAUCACUCGAAGUCGAACAUAUAACAUAUAACAACACACUUACUAAAUUCGAUGAAGAGUUAAAAAAUUUAAAAACUCACAUCGAAAAUUCUAAUAAAACUUUCAAGGAAGAAUUCCAAACUUUAACAGAUAGACUUAAUAAAAUUCGAUCAUCGAAUCACGAAAUAAUCAUGGACGGAAAUAACACAAGCUUAAGUAUUUCGUCCAAAUCACCCAAAUUAAAACCACCAACAUUUAGAGCCGAUACCAAAGAAAAACCAAUGAGAUAUCUACGCGAUCUCAAGAGAUACUUAGACGUGUUAAACGUGGACGGUUCCGAAAUGAAUAUAAUAAUCAGCCAAACAUUAGAAAACACGGCAUCUUCGUGGUUCGACAUUGCACAACACUCAAUAAAUAAUAUAUCUGAUUUUGAAAGAAAAUUUAAAGCCCGAUUUUGGAACGAAGAUAUUCAGGACGAGUGGUCAAGAAAAGUAGAAUACAACAGAUAUAAUCCUGAUUCAAAAUACUCACAUCUCGAAUAUGCUACAUAUGUGUGGGGAUUCGCACAAGAUUUAGAACGAAAUUUCUCGGAAGCCGAGCUUGUACGAAAAAUAUCUAACCAUUUUGAUUGGGAUAUUCGAUUCACCGUAAAGUCACAGAACAUCAAUUCUCAAGAUAAAUUUUUCGAAUUAUUGGCCUUUAAAGAUAACGGUAACAAUCAAAGACAGUCUCUAUUUAAGAAAAAAUCAAAUCCUGAAGACACAAACACAGAAUUCCCUAGUAAUCAUCAAUCGUAUAAAUCUGCAAAUCAACAAUCAAAUUUUAAAAAUAAAAAAUUUCAAAGGAAGUUUCCUCAAACACAAACAUUGAACGUAAUCGAAGCAAACGCGGGUCAAACAACGAAAGUCCCUGCUAAAGAAACGGACACGAAAUACGAUGAAAUCACGAUUCGCAUGAAUAGUAAAAUUGAAAAAUUAUCAUAUAAAAAUGAGAAUUUAUUAGAAUCGGAAAUGGACCAUCGCUACAUUGAAAUUAUCGAGGAGGACCUGACCGAUUGUGUUUAUCCUCACUCACUAAACGGACCAGUGCUAAAUAAAGCCCGAUGUUCAAACUUUAUAAAUGAACUAACGUAUCGACAAAAUGAUCGUAGUUCAUUAGCCGAUCCUUACGAUCUCUCCGAUAAGGAAAUCGACGAAAAAUUAAAAUUCUGUGUAACGAAAAGCCCAGAGACGAUCAAUGAACUCAAAAAUUUACUACAAAAAUAUCGUAAAGUGUUUUAUGGAAAGCCAGCUACAAACAUGAAGGGUAAGCUCAGAGAACAGAUAGGAAUCAUGUUAGAAUGGAAGGUCAUACGGCGGUCAAGUAGUAAUUAUAUAAGUCCGAUCGUACCAGUAUUUAAAAAAGAUGGAUCAAUUCGUUUCUGUCUUGAUGCACGUAAAGUAAACGACAUGUUUGAGGAUGACCUUUGA